AGGGGAGGGCAGGCGCGAGUUCAGCAGCCCCCAGGGCUCUCUGCUCCCACUGCCUUUCCCUUUCCUCUCUUCUCCUCCAGCUUCUCUCUCUGCCCCUAACUUUCUCCCGAGAAUCCCCUAUUUAGCUAAAGGAAGGAGGUUAGAGGAACCUCUUCCUUUACACCAUACCACCACCACCACCACCACCACCCCCAAAAAAAACUUGUCCAGUCGAGAGAUUGCAGGGGAAGGAGUGCGCGCCCAGCUCGCCAUGGAGCUGCUGUGUUGCGAGGUGGACCCUGUCCGCAGGGCGGUUCCGGACCCCAACCUGCUCUACGACGAUCGCAUUCUGCAGAACUUGCUCACCAUCGAGGAGCGCUACCUUCCUCAGUGCUCCUACUUCAAGUGCGUGCAGAAGGACAUCCAGCCCUACAUGCGGAGGAUGGUGGCCACCUGGAUGCUGGAGGUCUGUGAGGAACAGAAGUGUGAAGAAGAGGUCUUCCCUUUGGCCAUGAAUUACCUGGACCGCUUCUUGGCUGGGGUCCCAACCCCUAAGUCCCAUCUGCAACUCCUGGGUGCUGUUUGUAUGUUCCUGGCCUCCAAGCUCAAAGAAACCAUCCCAUUGACAGCGGAGAAACUGUGCAUUUAUACCGACAACUCCAUCAAGCCUCAGGAACUGCUGGAGUGGGAGCUGGUGGUGUUGGGCAAAUUGAAGUGGAACCUGGCAGCUGUCACCCCUCAUGACUUCAUUGAGCACAUCCUUCGCAAACUGCCCCAGCCGGGGGAGAAGCUACCGCUGAUCCGCAAGCACGCCCAGACCUUCAUUGCUCUGUGUGCCACUGACUUUAAGUUUGCCAUGUACCCGCCUUCGAUGAUUGCAACUGGAAGUGUGGGAGCAGCCGUCUGUGGGCUCCAGCAGGAUGAGGAUGUGAGCUCCCUCACCAGAGAUGCUCUGACGGAUCUGUUGGCCAAGAUCACCAACACCGACGUGGAUUGUCUCAAAGCCUGCCAGGAGCAGAUUGAGGCGGUGCUGCUGAACAGUCUGCAGCAGUUCCGUCAGGACCAGAGGGAUGGCGCCAAGUCGGAGGAUGAACUGGACCAAGCCAGCACUCCCACAGACGUGCGAGAUAUUGACCUGUGAGGAUGACAGCCAGCCCAAGGGGAGAGGCGCAUUCAUACUCUUCUCUCUCCUUCCCUUUGGUUGGAUUUUGUUCUUUGUGUUUUAGGAUGAAACUUUACAAAAAAAAAAAAAAAUGUCAGCCCCCACCUAGAUCAUAUUUAAAGAUCUUGUUAGAAGUGAGAGAAAAAGGUUCUUAUAAAAUGAAAUAAUUAAAAACAUUUGGUGCCUAUUUGAAGUACAACAGAAGGGAAUCCCUUAUAUAUAUGAGCAGUUACCAUUUUGAUUAUGUAAAUGUAUUCAUAGUAAAAUGCUUCAGGAAUACCAGCAGAAUAGUUAGAGAAAAUGUAUGCCUGCAAUAUGGGAACAAAUUAGAGGAGACUUUUUUUUUUUUUUUUUCAUGUUAUAAACUAGUGCAUUACAUCCCUUUUAGGAUAAUUUUGAGGAACUGUGUAUGCCAUGUAUGGCUUGAUUAGAUUGCAAAGCAAUGAACUCAAGAAGGAAUUAGGCAUAAGGAGGGACAUGAUGGGGAGAGAGCACAAAACAAUCGCUUAACAUGAUUGAACCAUUUUGGACGUAGAAGCGCCUUUGCUCUGGACCACCUGUUACUACAACCGCAAGUGUUGUUGGAUACUCUACCUUAUGUGCUCUUGCUGCCAACAGUAGCUGCUACCUGAAAAAGAAGAUGCUUUAUUUUGCCAGCUGGACACAGGUGGUUGGCUGGCUUCUGGGUUUCAAGGUUUUUGACAUCCUGCUUCUUCUUCCAAACAUGGUUCAUUGCAGACCACCACCAUACUUUAUCUAAAAGGGAAAACUAGCUAUGGGCCAUAACCAAAAUCCAUAUGAGUGGAGGCCAACGGUGGGAUCUGGAAUGCAAUCUUUAAUCUUACUGUUUUCAAGAGGGUCAUGUUACCUUGGCAUCCCUAACUAGGAAAAUUUUAAUUUUGGGUGCUGAUUGAUAUAUCUGGUCCACAGUUUAGCAUUGUUAUAAACCAUUCCAUUCGAAAAGCACUUUGAAAAAUUGUUCCCAAGGGAUAGAUGGGAUGGUUUAUGCA